AUGGUUCGCCCGCCGACUCUUCUGGCCCUCCUGGCCCACGGCCUCACCUUAGCCGCCGGCCUUCCCUCCCCAAGCAAGCUCGACGGCUGCGCAACCCAGCCCAACCGAUGGGAAUCCCUAGGUGGCACACUUUUCUCGGCCCCGUCUGCCGUGUCCUGGGGCAGCAACCGACUCGACCUUUUCGCUCUGGGCGGGGACUCCGCCGUGUGGCAUCGCUGGUGGGACGGCUCGGCCUGGGGCGGCUGGGAGUCGCUCGGCGGCACGCUCCACUCGAUCCCCGCGGCCGUGUCGUGGGGUCCGAACCGCAUCGACCUGUUCAGCGAGGGCACCGAUUCUGCUGUGUGGCACCGCUGGUGGGACGGCUCCUCCUGGAACGGCUGGCAAUCUUUAGGCGGAACAAUCCAAUCCCGCCCCACAGCCGUCGCGCGCGACGCGAACCGACUGGACCUAUUCGCCGUCGGCACGGACUCAGCGGUCUGGCACCAGGCGUGGGACGGCGCCGCGUGGAGCGGCUGGUCCUCGCUGGGCGGGACAGUCAAGCCGGGCCACGGGGUGGCGGCGGCGUCGUGGGCGGCGGGCCGGCUGGACGUGUUCGCGGUCGGCGAGGACCACGCGCUGUGGCACCGGUGGUGGGACGGCGGCGCCUGGGGUGGGUGGGAGAGUCUGGGCGGGGUGCUGGUGUCGGACCCGGUCGUGGUCGCGUGGGGAGCGAACAGGCUCGAUGUGUUUGCGCUCGGGACGGACCAUGCGCUGUGGCACCGGUGGUGGGACGGCCGCGCCUGGGGCGGGUGGGAGUCGCUGGGCGGGGCGCUCGAGUCGGUCCCGGCCGUGGUGUCGGAUCAAGCGAACCGGCUGGAUGUGUAUGGAGUUGGGACGGAUAGCGCGCUGUGGCAUCGCGGGUGGGAUGGCAGCAGGUGGAGCGCGUGGGAGUUGAUUGGCGGCACGCUGGUGUCGGAGCCUGCGGCGGUGAGCUGGGGCCCGGGUCGGGUGGAUGUGUUUGCGGCUGGAACGGACUGGGCGAUUUGGCACAACUGGUGA